AUGGAGCACUGGGACGAUCUUUCGUUAUUUGGAUUUUUGGUAUAUAUCGAACUUGCAGAACCUAGCUCUAGUUCUGAAGAAGAAGAUGGACAGCCACCAUCCUUGUCAUCUUUUGGUUAUCAUUUUGAUGCUGAUGGCGUAAUGAGAGAUGAGGGUGGAGAGACGUUCAAGUUUAUUGACCAAAAAAGCUAUGAAGAAAUUGGUCAUGCUGUAAGCGAAGAAAUAUAUCGAAUUAUGGAGAAAUCACCCUACAAUAUGAACAGACAAUAUCUGAACUGUAAGGAUAAAAAAAGAAGUGCGUUCAUAUUUGUGAGUUCAAAUUGGAAUAAGAAAAAGUAUCUUGUUGUUCUCAUACAUGGUAGUGGUGCUGUUCGUGCAGGGCAAUGGAGCAGGAGGCUGAUAAUGAAUGAAAACUUAAACGUAGGCUCACAGUUACCAUAUUUGGUAAUGUGCAACAAUAGAGAUUGGGGAGUCGUUGUGCUGAACACCAAUAUGAACCAUUACAAGGCUACUGAUGGUUCUCUUCUUCCUCUUCCAGAAAGUGCAACGGCAAUUGAACAUGGUAUGACUGUAUGGAGAACAUAUAUCGCUAAAGCAGAGGCAAUCUCAAUUGCAGUAAUUGCUCAUAGUGCAGGUGGUACGGUUAUUGCGGGCAUUAUGGAAAAUUACUGGAAAAUGGCAUGGAUGAAAAAGUUGAAAUGUAUAUGUCUAACGGAUGCUUUAUUCACAUUGCCAUCCGUGGCUGAAAUGGAUUGGGUACCAAUUAUACAGGAUUGGCGAGCGUCAUCAGAAACUGUGAGAUUGAUGCUUCAAAUAAUUUUGGAAUUAUCAGUUGAGUCCGCAAGCUUUGGUCUACAUUUACAUGUUUUAGAUACUGAAAACAUGAUGAGACCCGGUGAGCUCGUUUCAAAUUGGAUGCAUGCAGAGGAAAUUCGAUGCUACGUAGAGAUUGGCGAUUUGGUUGAGUUUCAGCGAGUGAUUGGUCAUGCAAAACGGCGUAUUUACACACACUGGGGAGUAUUCAUUGGUUUUCAAGAUCGAGAAGCAUACAUUGCUCAUACAGGAACAGAUUUUGGAGAUUUCGGUAAUAGGUUUGGUGAUGAGUCUGCUGAGUCAUUGAUUGAUAUCAAAACAAAGGUUUCUCGUAGUAAUCUUAUACAGGUUCGCCGUGAAGAAUUAAGCUCUGUCGCUCGAGGUGAUAAAUGCCGAAUAAAUAAUUCGUUAGAUAAAGAAAAAUGCCCUUUCCCGCCUGCUGUUGUGGUCGAUCGUGCUAUACUGAUGCUUGGGAAUACUAACUACAAUUUGCUUCUGAAUAAUUGUGAGCAUUUCGCCAAGUACUGCAGAUAUGGUUUAAGAGAAAGUGAUCAGGCAGCACUUGUAAGUACCAUAAUUAUAGCCUCAGCUACAUUCUGCAUAACAGGUUCACUUACAGUUGCAGCAGUUGUAGGCACCUUAAGCUACACAUUUAAUCAUUUUCGACGUGAGAUAAGAUUACCAGCUUCUUUUGAUAAGUAA